AUGUCUCCAACAAACCGCGUAGCCGCCGCUAACCAAUCUUUCCGCGAUUUGUCGGACAAGAUCGAACAUAUCCUUGGGCAAGCCUGCCAGUUGCAGCCCAAGGAUUCAAACCAUAUCUCACUUGCCACCAACAUGGCGCAGGCUAUAACUGAGGUCUUCAUGACACACGGCGCUUUGGUGACAGUCCUGUCACCAUUAAUCCUGUCAGCUGCUGCCGAAUUGCAGGAGCAUGUGGACAGCGACAACUCCAGGAUCAGCAGCCCGCCUGUGUGGACACAGAUUUGA